AUGGAGGCUGAUAGAGUUGCAGCUGAUCCAGAGGCAGCUGACCGCUGGAUAUGUGAGUUGGAGAAGAUCUUUGUUGUUCUGGGAUGUUCUCCAGAGAAGAGGUUGGCAUAUGCUGUGUAUAUGCUUGUUGGAGAGGCUGAUCAUUGGUGGAGGGGCACUUAUCAGAUGCUUGCUGCUAGAGGAGUUACAGUUGAUUGGGAGUGCUUUAGGACAGUGUUCAUGGAGAAGUAUUUCCCUGAGAGCGUGAGGCAUGCCAAGGAGACUGAGUUUAUGCGACUGCAUCAGGGAGGGAUGACAGCGAAAGUUGUAGAGCGGUUGGAAGGUGGUAACCGUGUUGCGAGGACUGUUGAGGGACCAUCUGGGUCCAAGAGGGGUGGGAGUCAGAGGAAGCCGUAUGAUAGGCCCCAACCACAACAAGGGGGUCCUGUCGUUAGGCAACCUUCUAGUGCUGCUAGUGGAGGUAGACAGGGUGGAGGUGCCAUUCUGAGAUGUUACAGGUGUGUUGGGCCCUAUUUUGUCAGGGACUGUCCACAGACGGAGAGCCGUUGUUUCAGAUGCCAUCAGAUGGGUCACGAGUCGGCCAACUGUCCUACUAGGAGCAGACCAGAGAGGAGUACCCAGAGGAGUGAUGUGCAGAGGGAUGAUACUCAGAGGAGUAGUGUGCAGAGAGCUGAUACUCAGAGGGGUGACAGACCCACUACUACUGGUAGGGUAUUUGCUUUGACAGGUGCUGAGGCUUCGACUUCUUCUGAUCUUGUGAAGGGGAAGGGCGAAGCUUCUGGUAAGGAUGUGAUGAUUCUUUUUGACGCUGGUGCUUCACAUUCCUUUAUAUCUUAUGCAUGUGCUGCUAUGCUGGCUGGCCAAGCUAAAUCAUUGUUGAGAGAUGGAGCAGAGUGCUGUCUUCUGCUUGCUGCGUUGAGUGUUGAGACCGAGAGGGUCAUUGCUAAAAUUGAUGUGGUGCGAGAUUUUGCUGAGUGGGAACGUCCAAGGACUGUCACUGAUAUUCGGAGCUUUGUGGGUUUAGCGGGUUACUAUCAAAGGUUCAUUGAAGGAUUCUCUACCAUAGUAGCGCCUCUACCCCAGCUGACAUGGAAGAAGUAG